AUGAAUUUCAACAUAUUUCGGAGUAUUUUUCCGAAAAAACAAGAACAACAGCGAAUAAAUGAAAUAUCGACGCCUCAUGCUGUUAAAAAGAAUAUUCAUGUUACAUAUGACAAAACGACAGGAACAUUUCAGGGCUUGCCCUACGAGUGGGAGAAACAAGUUCAAGGAUUGUUCGGACAAUCUGAACCAGAAGAUACCACACGUGUAAUGACCUGUGCAUUGAAAGUCAUCCAAAAGACAAUUCGCGAAGCUCAUCAUCCAAAACAUAUGAAAAUACAAGAUGCAUUUGAACAAGCCGAUGGUGUAUCAUAUGAGUCAGGUGACGAAUUGAGUGAAUCAGAAAGCGAUAUGCCAUCUCAAGAACGAUUAGAUAGUAACAACAAAACGAAUGGUCCAGUCGACAAUAAUUGUAUAUUUAUAAGUUCAUUUGGGAAUGAAAAAAAUAUCAUGUUUCUAUUUUUAAUUUUAGCUUAUUCGCUACAAAGAACGGGAGGAACCUACAACAAUUCGAUGACCAUUGAGACAAAGCCAAAAUAUUUACAAGAACUUAAACAACUUCAAUCCGUUCGAAAGAAAAGUUUAGAUGAAAUUUCUGAAGAUUCAUUACCGGAACCAUCAAUAAAUCAUCAUUUAAAUUCGAACUCCACAUCGCCAAGUAAUUCGGGUCUGACUACGCCGACUUCUCAACAGUCAACUGUAAAUAAUCUUGUUUAUCUCAUAAAUCAUGACACACUAAUGAAAGACCUUAAUUCAAAAUCAUUAUCACUCACAAAUACAAAUGGUGACGUGAAACAAGGCGGAGUUGUUGAACCACCUCCAAUUCCACCACGAGAUUUGGAUAGUGGAAAUGUUCUUAUAAUGGAUACAAAAAUGAAUCAUAAAAUAGCACGUUCACCGCCAGAACUACCACCAAAAACAUCUGCAUUGACAAACAAAUAUAAGAAAAAUACAACGCCAUCGCCAGUACAAUUACAAUCACCACAACAUCAACUAUUUCCUGUUGUCAAUAAAGAAAAUAUAGAAAAAACUAAUAAUGAUGAUAAUCAUAAUCAUAAUAAUAACGAUCAUGAUACACCGCUCGUACAACGACAUAAAUCGAAGUCUACGAAAAGAAGAAUGACUGAAGAAGAAGCCGUAAAAGCAUUAGAACCUGUUGCGGCCAAAGAUGAUCCAAUAUUUAUAACAUCGUUUGAAUCACAUAUGUUUAUUUAUAGUGCUGCCGGUGAUGUUGAUUUAGCUCUAGAUACAAAAACAAAUACGAAAAUUGCCAUUAAACGUAUGCUAUGGUCAAAACAACCGCGUAAAGAAUUGAUUGUUAGUGAAAUUAAUGUUAUGAGUCAAUACCGAUUUCGUUCUAUUGUAAACUUUCUUGACUGCUAUCUACGUCCAAAUGAGUUAUGGAUCGUGAUGGAAUAUAUGCAGGGUGGCCAAUUGACACAAAUUGUUGAACAAACCAUUUUGGAUGAAGGACAAAUGGCUGCCAUUACGAAAGAGUGCUUAGAAGCCUUAAGAUUCUUACAUUCAAAGAAUAUCAUUCAUCGAGAUGUUAAAUCGGAUAAUGUACUGGUUGGUUUUGAUGGUUCGGUAAAGUUAACAGAUUUUGGUUUUUGUGCACAAUUAGCUAAUACUGAAUCAUUAAGACAAACGAUGGUCGGCACGCCGUACUGGAUGGCGCCGGAAGUGAUUAAAAAGUUAAAAUAUGAUCGCAAAGUGGAUAUCUGGUCGUUAGGAAUAAUGAUGAUUGAAAUGAUUGACGGUUCUCCUCCUUAUAUAAAUGAACAACCAUUUCGUGCCAUGUGUAAAAUAGCGAUGCAAGAAGAACCACCAACAAUUACGGAAGAUGGACAAAAACGUAUCUCUUCUGAAAUGAGUAAUUUUUUGAAACGUUGUUUAACUGUUGAUCCACAAAAACGUUCUGAUACAGAUGAAUUAUUGCAUCAUGUAUGGCUAAGCAAAGCAAAACAGUUAAAAUCCUUAGUACCAAAUAUAAAAGCUGUUUGUAAAAUUUCGACUGAUUAG